UGCCGGUGCCUGCCCUGUCCCGGCUGCCUGGUGGCAGUUUGGCACCGGUGGCAUCUGCUGGGUGUUGGUGCAGUGGCCUCAAAUCACCCCCAUGGGUGUCCCCACAGGUGUCCUUGAGGUGCUGGCGCUGCCGGCACCGACUCUAGCUUGGCGCUGCGGCCCCCCAUCCGUGUCCAUUCCGUCCCAGUGCCCUGGCACAGUUUUGGCGCUGCUGGUGUCCUGGGUCCCACCUGUGGUGCAAGGAGAGAAGGGGGAGCAGCAGCACCCAAGGGUGACCCCAGGGUGGUGGGGGACCCCCGCCCUGGUACUGGGGACACCCCAGGGACACUGAGACACCGGUGAUGAGUGCUGGGCCGUACUGGUGCCGGGGUCACCAGUGACAGGGCCUCAUGGGCAAGUCCCUGGUGCCGUUCCCCAUGCCAGACUGGUCACCCAGUAGCAGCUUUCCAGCUCCCCAGUCCCAGCCCAGUACACCCAUCACCACACCAGCUUUAUCAGUGGGAACACUCGCUUGGGGACAGCACUUUGGUGACACAGGGACGAUGUACGGCAACCUCGAGUCCAGCCAAGCUGGCCAGGGGCAAGUGUCGGUGCUGGGGCCCGGCAGGGAAGCCUGCAGCACCCUGUGCCCCACAGAGGAGAACCUGUACGAGCCCCUGGACCCCACCAGCACCGUGCCAGGCCAGAAGCACGUGCCCGACCCAGGUACGCCGUGGGCGAGGGCAAGAGCAUCGUCAGCAGGAAAAACCCACGCUGUGUUUAAAACCAGUGGCACCCAGCUCUGCCCAAACUGGGAGCCGGUCACCACUCACCCACCCUCCCCAGCGUCACGGUGCUGCUCCGGGAAGAAGCUGGUGCUGGUGGGUGCUGCGGUGCUGGGAGUCUCGGUGCUGAUGAACAUCCUCUUCCUCACCAUCGGUUUGCAGCGCAUUACAGCCCUGACAUCAGCGCUGGAGGCAGAGAAGGAGAAGCAGCUGUCCAACGUGGCCUCCCGCUCCUUCCUGCUGUACAACGAAGACCACCGCAAGUGCGUGGCGGCUAGUGGCCACCAGCUGAUAGCGACAGCUUGCCAGCCUGAGGCGGCUGCACAACAGUUCCAGUGGCUACAAGGGGGCCAGCUACAGGGCUGGCAGAGCCAGCGUUGCGUUACGGCGACCCGUGGGCAAAACAGAGCCUUCGUGAGGCUGGAGCCAUGCCGCGCCGACGGCCGGCUGCAGCGUUGGGAAUGCCGCGACGGCGGGCUGCUGGCACUCGCCGGUUACAACCUCUACUUCAAUUAUGGCAACAACCAGGAGCAAGUGGUGAUGCUCUACACUGGGAACCGCCAGUGGAGCCGCUGGGUGAUCCACGGGAGCCAGGACAACGUCUGUUCCCGCUCCUGCUGUCCCCCUUGCUCCAAAGGCUGGACCUACUUCAGGAACUCCUGCUAUUUCUACUCCAAGACGCCAAGUUCCUGGGAGAACGCCCAGCGGUUCUGCUCGGUCCUGGGCACGCAGCUCCUGGAGGUGGAUGGUGCUGAGGAGAAGGAUCACAUCCAGACGAUGCUGAAAAGCUCCUCCUGGCUCGGCAUCAGGGAUGAGGAGGUCGAGGGGUACCUGGAAGCGAGCGAACGGGACUAUCCUACCCCGGGAAAGCAGCUGGUGGCACAGGAACGAGCCCAACGGUGGCCACCAGGAGAACUGUGCGGCGGUGAAGGGAGGACGGCCAGUGGUAUGACUACCCCUGCACCAGCCAGCUCCCCUGGGUCCUGCGAGGGACACCCCUGAGCACGCAAGGACACCCCAAGAGAACCCCACAGCACCCCCCACCCUUCGGGGGUCUUCCCCAGCCCCCUCUCCGUUUGCCACAUCCCACCUGCAGCACUCCAGGAUGCAGCUCCGACCUCCAGCACAUCCAUUUGGGGUCCAUGGAUGGAUCUCCAGGGAAAAUUCGGGGUACGGGGCGGAGUGGGGGUUCCCUGCAGGGCAAUAAACGCAUGUGCAGAGUGA